AUGAGAAAUGCGGGACAGAGAGGCCUCCGAGACGCGCUUGCGGGGCGGGAGAAACAAAGGGACCAGCGGGGGCAAACACACCCGUGCAUCUUGCAAACGAGGGAGGUGGAUGAAGUUCCUGAUGGAGCAGUAAAGCCUCCUACGAAUAAAAUGCCUAUUUUCUUUUUUGGCACCCAUGAGACGGCAUUUUUGGGACCAAAGGAUAUAUUCCCUUACUCUGAAAAUAAAGAUAAAUAUGGCAAACCAAAUAAAAGAAAGGGUUUCAAUGAAGGGUUGUGGGAAAUAGACAACAAUCCCAAAGUGAAGUUCUCUCAUCAGCCGUCUCAUCCAGCUGUUAACACUCCUAUCAAAGAAACUGUUCAAGAAAGCAAUCAGGAGCCUGCUGAGGGAACUGAAGAAAAAGCAGGAGCCAAAAGAAGAAAGUCUUCUGUCCCAAAAUUAUCCCCUAAAGGGGAUAAUAACUUACAUACAGAAGCUGAAACAGAGGAAAAAGAGAUGGAUACUUUGAAGGAAGAUGAUUUAUCUUCUGAAAAAAACAGUAAAGAAGAUGCAGUGAAAACAAUUGAUUCUUCUAUUCCUAAAGCUGCUAGAAGAGGAAGAAAAAGAAAGGCUGAAAAACAACCUGAGGCUGAGGAAGCAGCACCAGUGGCAACAGCAGCAGUGGCAGCAGCAGUGACAUCAGCAGCUCCUGUGCCAGUGUCUCCAAAAGUAAGCCCUAAAAGAGGAAGACCGGCAGCUUCCGAUGUUAAGGUUCCAAAGCCAAGAGGGAGACCCAAGUUGGUGAAACCACCUUGUCUUUCAGAGAGUGACUCUGUUAAUGAUGAGGAGAAGGCAAAGAAAAAAGGACAGGAAGAAAAGACCAAAAAGCAAGGGAAAAAAGAUGAGGAAAGUCAGAAAGAAGAGGAGAAAUCAAAGAAGGAAUUUGACAAAAAGGAAGGAAAGAAAGAGGCUGAACCAAAAAGGAAAAAUGCUGCAAAAGUGGGUUCUGCAUCAGCUUCUGAUUCUGAAGAUGAUGGAGAAGAACAAGACAGUGACAAGAAGAAAAAAGGAGGAAGAAGCUUUCAGGCAGCUCAUAGAAGAAACGUUGUAAGAGGCCAACAUGAGAGAGAAGUAACAGAAAGAAAGCGUAAGCAAGAGGAGCAGACAGAAUCUGAAUUGCAGAGUAAAGAAGAAGGCAAGAAAACAGAAGUUAAGAAGAUAGAGAAGAAGAGAGAAACAUCAAUGGAUUCUAGGCUUCAAAGGAUACAUGCAGAAAUUAAGAACUCCCUGAAAAUUGAUAAUCUUGAUGUGAACAGGUGUAUUGAGGCUCUUGAUGAGCUUGCUUCCCUUCAAGUCACAAUGCAACAAGCUCAGAAACAUACAGAAAUGAUUCUGACUCUAAAGAAGAUACGGAAAUUCAAAGUUAGCCAGGUUAUUAUGGAGAAAUCUACAAUGCUAUAUAACAAGUUUAAGACCAUGUUUCUGGUUGGGGAAGGAGAUUCUGUUCUUUCUCAAGUGCUAAAUAAAUCACUUGCUGAGCAGAAGCAGCAUGAAGAAGCCAACAAAACCAAAGAACAGUGGAAGAAAGGAGCAAAUAAAAAAGUGGAAAAGGAAAAGGACCAAACAGGUUCAAAGGUUCUGAAUGGAGGGUCUGAAGCUCAAGAUACCAACCAGUCACCAAACCUUGGAGAGAAUACCGAGGAAAAGAAAGAUAAGCAUGAAGCUGGCAGUAAGAAAAAGACAUGUGGUGAAGAGAGAGAGCUUGAAAAACCAGCAAAAGAGUCAGCUUUUGAAAGCAAAUGACACCACUGGAGUCUUUUUUUAAAGUACAAAUUAAAAAGGGUUGUUAAGUUUUGCAUUUGAAAUCUAUAGACUGCUGAAAGUUUUAAAUAAUUUUAUAAGCAUAAUAUUUUAAA